UACGUUAGUUGUUAGCGCGCUUGAGGUUAUUCCUUUUCGUUCCGCGUAUUGGUCAAUCUUUCAUUCAUUCACCACUGGGCAAACAAUGCUGAGAAGAGUGGGUAUAUGGGCAGCUGAAGCAGGGCACUGAGUCCUGGACUGUGUGAACAAAUUUGCAAGCUGCAGGCGCUGGUGAAGAAGGAAGUUGGUGUUGUGCUGGAGGCAGUUCCUUAUUGUCUAACAUGUCGUCCAGUGAUGGGUUGUUGCCAGCAGGAAAAUGUGAAAGUGAAGAUGAAGUGAUAUUUGUGAGCGAGCAGCCAUUAAGGCCAGUGUUAGAAUGUAUCGAUCUAUUGAGUGAUGAAGACAGUGAAGGAAACGGUGCACCAAACAGGAAACCAAAAGAUCACAUUGAUUGGCAAAAGGAAAGAGUUCUGUCAACAUUAGAUCGACUGGCACGUCAUGUGGAAGUUGAAAAGCAGCUGAAGGAAGAGAAGUGCAAAGCUUUCCAAGAGAAAGUGGAUUCACAGCAUGCUCACGGCAUGCAAGAAUUGGAAUUCAUUCAAGGACAGCCUGCAACAGAAGAAGCAAGAAGAUGUGUUGAUGGGUGGCUGAAAGUACCAGGGCCAAAGCCUGGGGUUGUCAGUUUUGGUCGUAGAGGAGAUAGAAGACACACAAAUACACCAGUGACUCCUGAUCCCAUUGACUGCCCAAUAAUGAAUUGCAACAGGAAGUUUGACAACGGGCAUCUGCUGUUAGGGCACUUGAAAAGGUUUGACCAUUCUCCAUGUGAUCCCACAAUUACUCUUCAUGGGUCUCCAUCCACUUGGUAUGUUUGUGUUGCAUGCUGUCAACGAUUCAUAAACCGACAGAAAUAUGAAGAGCAUUUGGCUUUAAAGGUUGAUUCACCAGAUCAUGAAGGUCAUCGGUGUGACCUUGAACCACAGGUUACUCAGUGCUUCGCUUGCCCAAGCUGCUACCUCCUUUUCAAUUUAAGAGAUGAAUGCUUGCAGCAUAUGGCCAAAACAAAUCACUUCCUUCAAAGACACAAAUUGAGUGGUGAGCAGGGAACACGCUGCCCUCUUCCAUUCCCUAACUAUGCAAAAAAGUUGUUGAUUUCUUUGUGUCAAGAGGUUCCUUUCCAAGUGAAAUGUACAGCUUGUCAACAAAUACUCCGCACGCAUGUGGAACUAUCAGCACAUUUCAGAACACGCUGCAGAAGGGCUGGCCCUGUUGCAGUGUCUACAAAGGAUAUUAGCCAAGUUGCUGCAAUAUUUAAAGUGAGGGGCCGCUGUCUGGACUGUCGAAAGUUGUUUGUGGAUGACAAUCAGAUCAAUCAGCACACUCAACAAACCAUGCACAAUAUCCAGUGGAUUCGCACCAUGGAGAAGGCCAUCUUGGAGUUUUGUCACUUCAAUGAGAAGAGCAAGAUUCCCUCUGAUCUCCGUAUGCUUUUGGAUCAGUCCAAGGCCAAGAAGAACUCUCCGUUCAAAAGACCCUUGGCUGAGACAUGUUCUAGUGAGGCUGCCGCACCCAAUUCCAGCAAGAGAACCAGGAGCGAAAGCAACAGCAUGCAGUUCAAGGAGGAAAAGGUAGAGGGUGACAACCAGUCAGGAGCCAGGGUAUGGUACUGUGAAUGCCAUCAACGGUUUGACAAUGAAGAGGCAGUGGAGAAACACGUCAUGGCAGCCAAUGGCAUCCUUCACAAGUGUUUGGUGUGUGGCAAAUUGGCACAUGAUGCUGGAAUCAUCGCAUUGCACAUGAGCCGUAGUCAUGGGGGUGCCCACUUGACCAACCACCGUUUAUGGUGUGAACGCUGCCACGUAGAAAUCCUAAGGAAAGAGGAUCUGAUGGCCCACAUUGUGGAGUGCCACAGUGGCCAUGCUUACUAUUAUGAGAAGCAAGUGGAUAAAGAGGAUUUGAUGGCUUUUGAGCCUUCUUCAUCCAGAUCAGCAUGGAACUCAAUGGAUUUGGCAGGCAAAGAUGGUGGCCGACUGCAGCUUGAUCCAGAUAGUCCUGAACCAGAAGAUGUUCUGGCCAGUGGCUCCUGGCAGUGUCGGUUGUGUGAAGAGAUGUUUGAUUCAGAGGAUGGUGUUGCCAAACACUGUGGCUGCUUGGCAAACCACCAGUUUCACAAAUACAGCUGUGGCUUGUGCAAGAAACACUUCCAUAGAGUGGAAACCUUGUACCGUCACGGUCGUGAUCAGCACAACAAUGAGCUAAACGUAAAGUACUUCUGUGGAUUGUGUGACGACAUUGAGUUUGACUCUGAAGGUGAAUUUCUUGAGCAUUACAAAAUUUUCCACAGCACUGAUUAUGUCUUUGUGGAGCACGGAGAUGCUGUGACCAUGAAAGAAAUGGAGGAAGAAACGCCAGAGGAACAUUCACUGAUGUCCUGUGGGUGUCAGCUGCAGUAUAAAUCCAAAAGAUUAAGAAAGAAGGACAGCCAGAGGUGCUUGAGGAACCUGUUUGAACAAGGGGAGCUCUGGUUUCGUUGCUCGUGUUCAGCAACAGCGCAAUCCGAGGAAGAACUCCGAAAUCAUCUGGUGGAAUGCCAUGGGAUGAGGAAGGCAGUCACCAGAUCUAUUACCAUCAAAUGCGUUUGUGGUAGGGCUUUCAAUGACAGUGAAAGUGCCCAAAUGCAUUACCACGGGAAGCAUUGCUCUGUUCAGGAGCAGCAGGCGGUUCCUUCAUUGCCAGUUGAUUGUGAAGUUAACACUCCUCAUGUGACCACAUUAUGCAGCAACACCAUGGGGGCACCUCAGGAUGACAACACAGAGCCUUCAUCCAGUCAUGAAGUCCUUCCAACAACUGCAGAAAAGGAAAGAAUAAACCAGGAAGAAGACAUAGAGUUGCCUGACUUGGACCUACUACGCACAAUGACACAUCUUGUAUUCAUCGAUUUGGAUAACUGGGCGGGCUUUUUCAACCACUUACCAGGACAUCUUAACCAAGGCACAUUUUUCUGGGGAUUUCAAGGUGGAAAGACUAAUUGGAAGCCACCAGAAAACUGUCCUGUCUACAAUUUUCUCGUCAACACUGGAUGUUUUUUCCUUCAUCCACGAUGCAGUACUAGGAAGGAUGCUGCUGAUUUUGCCAUCUGCAUGCAUGCUGGCCGUAUGGAUGAGCAAUUGCCAAAGCAUAUCCCUUUCACCGUACUGUCUGGAGACAAGGGCUUCGAGGAACUGAAGAAUCAGUUGAAGAAAACGAUGCGUCCUGGCCACGUUCUGAAUCCCCACCAGAUGGAAGGGGAGCUGAUGUGUGCCUUACUGAAUAGUAUAUCAGAUAUUGGGAAAGACAGUGAUGAUGAAGAUGAAGUCCUCCAAAAAACGCUGGUAUUGAGUUUGCAGGAGUCUAUGGAAAAGCAGAAAACAACUCAAGAAGAUGCUAUUAUCGAAGAAGCCAUUUUGCGGAGCUUAGAAGAACAAUGAUUAAGGAGCCGUGAUGGAAUGGAGGAGUGAAACCCAAACCCCAGUCAUCCAGAUCAGCAAGAGUGCAGCGAUGACAAACAAACCAUGAGGAACAGAAGUAAACAUGUUUUAGCAUUCCUCCUAAGAUGGAGAGCUGCCUUUCUUUUCCCGACCUCUCUGCAACUGGGAAGAAAGAUUGCUCUUUCAUAGCCCCUGAAAAGAUUGAGGACAAGAUACCUUUUGCUUGGUGGGAGAAUGAGAACCUGCAGAUGAGGCAGAGCGAGCACAAGGUUAAAGUGUCUGGGUUGCAAUGGCACUUUAUGCAGGUCGCUUGUUCCAACACAAGAAGUGAACAGUGAGAGGCUUAAUCUGACAGUAAGUUUUUCAUGUCCUAUCAUGGGCACCCUUAAGAAUGCCAUAGCAACUAAGCAUGAUCUUCACUUGCGGGAACAGUAGAGAAUAUCUACACAUGCAGAGAGGAAUAAGCAUGAUUUAUUCAGGAAUACAGCCAAUACAGGGGAGCUCAACAACGUGUUUAAUCUAACAAACCUGGCUACAUUUUAUUUUCCAAUAUAUUUGUCAAAUAACAGCUUCACAAAAUAGAGCAGUUUUUGAAAGUAUAUUACAAAUGUGAAAACAUGAAAAUAAUUGUUUUUUUAAAAAGGGUUGUUGUAAAUUGUGUAAUGUGAAAGGUUUGGAAAUGAAGCAGGGAGAGCAAAGCAGUAAAUUCCUGGAUUGGAAUGUUGGUGUUACAAAUUAACAAGUUGUAAAUUUAAAUGUAACUUUCAAUAAAGGAUUCUAAAUGCUCGA